AACAGACAUUCUUAAACUACGGUAACAGAUAUUGACGGUCCGCUUUUCGCCGAUCUGACGAUUCCGAAUAGACUUGACCAUUAAAUAUCGUUUUUCGCGGUUGUGACCCAACAGUUCAGUGUUUCAAGUAUGUCAAAACGACGAUUGGACAUCAAUGACUCAUAUUCUUCAAAGAAGGAGUACAGGGAAAGAGAUCGUGACAAGGAUCGAGAUCGAGAUGAUCGUAGCAGGUCUUCAUCGUCAGGCUCUGGGGCAGUCACGUCUGCUCCUGUCGCUAUUAACCAAUAUUCCAGACAAAACAAUCUAGGUAUCAACCCGUACAACAUGACGCCUUACUCCAUGCGAUACCAUACGAUCCUGGCCAAGCGACGCACGCUGCCCGUUUGGGAAUACAAGACCAAGUUCAUGGAGAUGCUGGACAAGUACAAAGUCAUGGUACUCGUGGGCGAAACUGGCUCUGGCAAGACCACACAGAUUCCCCAGUGGUGUGUGGAGUACGUCCGCUCCAAGUUUGCCAUGUCCAGCAAGAAGGCAGUAGCCUGUACCCAGCCCAGGCGAGUGGCUGCCAUGAGCGUGGCCCAGCGCGUCUCUGACGAGAUGGACCUGGUCUUGGGCCAAGAGGUGGGCUACAGUAUACGGUUUGAAGACUGCACCAGCUCCAAGACCAUGCUCAAAUACAUGACCGAUGGUAUGUUACUACGUGAGGCCAUGACAGAUCCCUUACUGGAGCGCUACGGGGUCAUCCUGCUCGACGAGGCCCACGAGCGCACCUUAGCCACGGACAUCCUGAUGGGUCUGCUCAAGGAGGUGGAGAAGCAGCGAUCGGAUCUCAAGGUGGUGGUCAUGAGCGCCACGCUGGACGCCGGCAAGUUUCAGGAUUACUUUGACCACGCUCCUCUCAUGACGGUCCCCGGUCGCACCCACCCCGUGGAGAUCUUCUACACCCCAGAGCCAGAGAGGGACUACCUGGAGGCGGCCAUACGCACCGUGGUUCAGAUCCACGUUGGGGAGGACAUAGACGGGGACAUCUUGCUCUUCUUGACCGGACAGGAGGAAAUCGAGGAAGCCUGUAAGCGGAUAAAACGAGAGGUUGACAUCCUGGGAGCUGACGUAGGCGAUGUCAAGACCAUCCCACUGUACUCCACCCUGCCCCCAGCCCUCCAGCAGAGAAUCUUUGAUCCGGCCCCGCCCAACAAGGCCAACGGAGCCAUCGGCCGCAAGGUGGUCGUCUCCACCAACAUUGCUGAGACCUCUCUCACGAUAGACGGUGUGGUGUUUGUGAUUGAUCCGGGCUUUGCCAAACAGAAGGUGUACAAUCCUCGCAUCAGGGUCGAGUCUCUCCUGGUCUCCCCCAUCAGCAAGGCCAGUUCCCAGCAGCGGGCUGGCCGUGCCGGGCGUACCAAACCCGGCAAGUGUUUCCGUCUGUACACAGAGAAGGCUUACCAGUUGGAAAUGCAAGACAAUACCUACCCAGAGAUCCUACGGUCUAACCUUGGCACGGUAGUGCUGCAGCUGAAGAAACUUGGCAUUGACGACUUGGUGCACUUUGACUUCAUGGACCCUCCAGCCCCUGAAACUCUAAUGAGAGCCCUGGAGCUGCUGAACUACCUGGGAUCGCUGGACGACAACGGCGACCUGACAGAGCUGGGCUCCAUGAUGGCCGAGUUUCCCUUGGACCCCCAGCUGGGCAAGAUGGUCAUCGCUAGCGCCGACAACAGCUGCUCCAACGAGAUCCUGUCCAUCACGGCUAUGCUAUCAGUCCCACAGUGUUUUCUGCGACCCAACGAGGCCAAGAAGGCAGCCGAUGAAGCCAAGAUGCGAUUUGCCCACAUCGACGGCGAUCACCUGACCAUGCUGAAUGUCUACCACGCCUUCAAGCAGAACAACGAGGAUGUGCAGUGGUGCUACGACAACUUCAUCCAGAGUCGGUCCCUCAAGUCGGCCGACAACGUCAGGCAGCAGCUGGCCCGCAUCAUGGACCGGUUUGCCCUCAAGCGCAGCAGCACCGACUUCAACAGCAAGGACUACUACAUCAACAUCCGCAAGGCUCUCGUCUCGGGAUUCUUCAUGCAGGUGGCCCACUUGGAGCGGACCGGCCACUACUUGACCGUCAAGGACAACCAGAUUGUCCAGCUGCACCCGUCCACGUGUCUGGACCACAAACCGGAGUGGGUGCUGUACAACGAGUUUGUGCUGACCACCAAGAACUACAUUCGCACCGUGACCGACAUCAAACCAGACUGGUUGAUCCGCAUUGCCCGCCAGUACUACGACAUGGCCAACUUUCCACAGUGUGAAGCCAAACGCGUUCUGGAACGCAUCAUCGCCAAACUGGAAGCCCAUCAAUAAUGCCUAGCAUUGUACAGACAAGAGAUAGUAAUGCUCUCAAAUGUGGCAUGUGACCUGCUUUAUGGAAAUGAGUCAUAUGAAGUAAAAAUUAGUUGAAUACUUAAUUGAAAAAACAUCACGUUUGACAGAAGUUUGACGUUUGCUUCUUCAGGUGUGAAUGCUUGAUACAUUUGCUUUCCCUGAAAGUUUGGAAUAUUCCUAUUGCAGAAAACAAUCCAGGUGACCCCAAAUUCCUUACUAAGAUCCGAUGCAUGUUACCCUCCUUCUUUAGCGUCCUGACAAACGAAUGAACUUCUUGAAUCUGACAAUUGAAAUAGUAGCACACAUGUAAGGUACGUCAUAAGCAAGUUAAAGAAAAAAGCUGUUUUUACAAAGUAAACCAAAAAUAUCCCAUCAAUAUUAGUGUUUUCAUUAUCUCAGAAACACCUUGGCUCUUUUUCACAAAGCAGCUCACAUUUUAAGACAGUCGUGGAGAAAGAAAUGUGUACUCCAAAUAUGUUUAAAGUGUUUUUAUUGGUUUUGUAUGACUAGACAGCUGUUUCGCACAACAAAAUGAACUGAAUGCAAACAGUUCUGUAAACUAUACUGUCUAUUUAUAAUUCAACUGUUAAAUUUCAGCUGAUAAAAUAUUCCUAUAGGCGUACUCUUUUAUGUUUGAAACGCACCGCUCAAUUCAGUACAGGUUUAUAGUCCGGUUGGUUUUUUUUCUGGAAUUUGUGUAUUUGUUUCACUUGAAGCAACAAAAGUACUCAAAAUCUAAGGGCGGGUGCUUUACAACUAACCUGAUGAAGUUUUAGCUCUGUGUAUUUUGAGAAAACAUGAUAUUCUGGAUCGCGAUUUCAAUUCAAAAGUUGCCAAGUCAUAUUUUGAAUUGCGCCCUCUCGUGAAACAGUCCCGAAAUUAGCAUUCGGGAUAUGGUUCUCUUUCAGGCGAUUGUAGUUAUGUGAUGUCACACACUGAAUCGACAAAUAAUAGUAACUGAGCGCGUGUGUGUGUCGUGUCAACGCUGCACCCAUUCACAGAUUUGUCGUGAACUACCAAAAAACUUUCAAAAAUGUGUCACAUGACACAUCUUUGGAAAUGACCUUGUAUGUUUUCUUCAAAGUGACAUCAUGCCACAAGGAAUAAUUUAACAGGGAUUUUAGUGUCAUUACUAUCUUUAAACCAAGUAAGCUUUUGAACAAUAAUUUGGUCGGUUACUUUGUGGAUAGCUGCAAAUUGUCCUCUCUGCCUUUAAUGCAUAAUACGCACCAAGGCUGAAACUGCAGAAUGUUACGAGAAAUGCUUUCUCAGGUUCAUCAUGGUCACAGUUGCCGACUACUUGGUCCCUUGCUGAAUAAUUCACAAGUUUAUUGAACUUUUCACAGUAACUACAGUUGGUGUUAAAAAUCAUGCUUGUCAUAUAUACUCUGACUAAAAUACAAGUUGUACCUUGUUUAACUUAACAUACAUUUCAGCAGUUCUGUGUUUUGCUUGUGUAAGAAAGUUAUAUAAUUAUGCAGACAAACAAGUUGACCAAUUGUUGUCUCUUUUAUAUAAAAAAAUGUCUUUGUAAAUACGAAUGCAUUUUUUGAGGGUCUUCGAGUCAGUGUCAUUUGUGUUUGGGAGGGUAUUUAAGAAUAUUGAAUUCAGUACAAUGUAGUAGUACAUAUAUUCAAGAAAAAGAAACUUUUUUUGUGUUUUGUAACCAAAAGACAAACCAAUGUAUAAUUCUUAGUUAUUUAAAAAAAAAAAAAAAAAAAAGAGG